AUGAUAGAGAUAUGCAACGGGUAUGUAAGAUACAUACAGAGAGCAUUUGGGAACAGAGUUUUUGUAGUUUUCGUUGGAUACGACCAAAUUACCACUAAAUCGUCGGAAAGAAACCGGCGAUGUAUGCAUAAAAAUUCCGACACCGUACGCAUGGCUCCAGAUUCCUCGACGGUCAUGACUUUGCCCGCAAGUGUAACUCAGGACAAGUUUCUAGGAAAUAGCAAAAAUAAGUCCCAGCUUAUUAAAUUUCUCCAGGAGGAAUUGAAACGGGCCAACAUAAUGUCUGAGCAGAGUUUAGCUGAUGCGGAUGUUGAUAUUGUGCUCAAGGCCAUUGAGAGUACUUCUGAAAGCUACAGCAAUAAAGUGGUUAUUGUUUCGGAAGACACUGAUGUCUUAACAAUGCUUGCUGCUCGGACUCCACCGAAUCUAGAAGUAUUCUUGCUGAUGCCGCCUUCCGCUAGAGUACCUGAUGUUGUGUAUUCUUCCAAAAUCUUAGCAUCCAGAAGCUCUUGCCUCAGGUCUCAUAUUAUUUCUAUAUGCUUUCACAGGAUGCGACACAACCUCAGCAUUUUUCUAUCGAGGGAAAGUAACAUUCGGCGAUUUGUUUGA